GAUCCCCAUGGCGGCAAUCUUUAGUUACGAUUACAGUUUGAAUGGCAAACAAAUUAUCCAAUAGAAAAAUGGAUAAAACCAGUGUCUAGCCAAUCGCGAGGGUUUGUAGUCGGGUUUUAAAGUUGGUGGAAGUGGUAGGGUGAUUUACAGGGAUGGUAAAAAGGCUGAGUAUUUUGGAUUAUCUACAAAUUAAAUAGCAGGUUAAUGAUAUUGCCGCUAAUAGCAGUGAACAGUGCAAGAAUAGUGUUGUCUAUUGUCGCUUUAGUCGGUUGAAGAUGGCAUCAACUCCCGAAGAGAAUGAUCGCAACAGCAAGCUCAGAUCGGUUUCUGUGGACCUGAACAACGAUGCCUCUCUCAUGAUCGACAUUCCUGACGCACUCUGUGAAAGAGAUAAAGUAAAGUUUACAGUCCACACCAAGACUACACUAGAUGCCUUCCAGAAACCAGAGUUUUCAGUACCCAGACAACAUGAAGAUUUCAUCUGGUUACAUGACACCCUCGAUGAGACUGAAGAGUAUGCAGGACUUAUUAUUCCUCCAUCCCCUCCUAAGCCUGACUUUGAAAGUCCGAGGGAAAAGAUGCACAAGCUGGGAGAAGGGGAGGCCACCAUGACGAAAGAGGAGUAUACCAAAAUGAAACAAGAGCUUGAAGCCGAGUAUCUUGCCGUAUUUAAAAAGACAGUGCAAGUCCAUGAAGUUUUCCUGCAGAGGCUUUCUUCACACCCAGUCCUCAGUAAAGAUCGCAACUUCCAGAUUUUCUUGGAGUAUGACCAGGAUCUGAGUGUGAGGAGGAAGAACGCCAAGGAAAUGUUUGGCGGUUUCUUUAAAAACAUGGUGAAGACUGCAGAUGAAGUGAUAAUUUCUGGUAUAAAGGAAGUGGACGAUUUUUUUGACCAAGAGAAGACAUUCCUCCUUGAUUAUUACAACAAAAUCCGAGAUGCAACUACGAAAGCGGAAAAAAUGACAAGAGCGCACAAAAAUGUUGCAGAUGACUACAUUCACUUCUCCGCCACCUUGGACAGCCUUUCGGCAGACGAAUCCACUGCACUUAAAAUGUACCUGCUGAAGCUUGCAGAGCUAUUUGAAAAACUCAGGAAAGUGGAAGGGAGAGUGGCUUCUGAUGAAGAUUUGAAGUUGACCGAGUUACUAAGAUACUACAUGAGAGACAUUCAGGCUGCUAAGGACCUGUUGUAUCGGCGAGCGAGGGCCCUUGCAGACUACGAGAGCUCCAAUAAGGCCCUGGAUAAGGCCCGACUGAAGAGCAAAGAGGUGCAACAAGCAGAAGAACACCAGCAACUCUGCUGUCAGAAAUUUGAGAAGCUCUCCGAGUCUGGAAAGAGAGAACUGAUCAGUUUUAAAGGGAGGAGAGUGGUGGCUUUUCGCAAGAAUCUCAUUGAAAUGGCUGAACUAGAAAUAAAGCAUGCAAAAAGCAGCGUGUCUCUCCUGCAGAGCUGUAUUGACAUGUUAAAGACCAAUUAACUGUUCAUUGAUGUGUCUUCUGACGCAGGGAGAAGGGAGUAUAAAGCCAACUGCAAUUGCAUUUCAGUUGUUUGUUGCCGCAUAAUCUUUAGUUAGCUGAUCCCAGGUUUACAUAGAUUUGUAUGCCCCAUAUAUAGUAAGUCAUUGGAGAUCAUCCUUGUAUUUGCUAUAAUCAGAUACUGUCAUGUUAACUGGACAUUUUAACUUUCCACUUGUUGGGGUCUUGCUGCUAAAAUGUAGCAUUCCUAAAGGCAGGGGGAAAUGAAUGUUUGUAUUCCUUUAGUACAGUACCUUUUAAAUAAUUUUGUAAAACUUAACAAUAUAAUUUGCUAUAUGUAUAAAUAUUAUGUUGAGUUACUUUUUUUUGGUUGAUCUCAGUAAGGCUGUUUUUAUUCUGGGGAAUAUUACCCAUAUAAUGAAUGCCUUUGUUGGCAUGCCAGAUGUAUCCAAGUAGGAAGAGACUUUUUUAACUGGUUUAGUUUUUUAAUAAUAUUGGUCUCAAGUCUUGCAGAUGGCUUCCAGUUCUGGUCUCCUGACCAUAUUGUUUUCUUCAACCACAUAAUAUAGGUCAUAGUCAGUGGACCACUGUGUAUUUCUUGUGGGGUCAGGUGGGAACCUUUGUCUAUGGCACUCCAUGACCAGUCUGUCCGAGUUCAGUGCUAUUCAUUUUUUAAAUUCAGACCGUUUUUUGAAAACCAUUACAAUUAUUAGCAGUAAUAUUUGUUAGUUCUGCUUUGAUAUCUGUGCAUAUGUUGUAAAUGGGGACCAAACUAUUACAUCUUGUAAUACAUGUACAAAAUGCCUAUUCCAGUUUUUUUUUUUUUUUUUUAAGACAAAUGCAGCCUUAAAGUAAUUGCAUAAAUAUUUUUUACAAUGUCAUAUGUGUGCAUUUAGCAAUCUGGACAAAAGUCACCCACUAGUGUGGGGUAUUCUGAUCCUGAAUGUCUAUUUCUAUAGGAUACAAGAUCCUAAUGUACUAUUGUCUGAAGAAAUUCAUUUCUUCUGUAGAUAUUUACGAUUGAAAUGUCAAUAAAAGAGUACACUUUUCCCAA